UAGAGAUUUACGUGUGCGUCGAUCGCGGUCAAUAAGUAGCAUAAAAUAACAAGAAAAAUAAUGAUGCGAAAAGAAGAAGCGAUUUGUGGCGGCAGCGCUCGCGUGACUCGUACGGCCGUACAUCAAAAUUGAUCAAAAUCGCAUACCUGCUCGCUCGAGCGAGCAGAGCCGCCGCGUUGAUCGUUUUCAGGAGUGUGGAGAGCGUCUUGGAAGAAGAAGAGAGAAAGAGAGAGAGAGAGAGAGAGAGAGAGAGAGAGAGGAAUGCGGUGAUCGCGCUCGGCAAAAUCGUGAUCUAUCGUGACGACAGAAACGACGACGACGUAUGCCAAUGACGAUGACGACGACGACGUCGUCGUCGCGACGCCGUGGCCAACUAGAAAACUAGACCACUUGACCUCGUGGGAUCGUCGAUUGUACAGACAGGAAAUAUCUUUAGCUAUCGUUGCAAGGGUAUGAGGAUCCGUGCUGUAAUACCUGUAUUGAAAGACUACCAGGUACAAGCUAACUUGGUUUCCUACAGCAAUGGAAAAUCAAGGUUAUCAUCAUCAGGCCAUCUCAACCCAUCAGUCUUUCUGGAAGAAAAACACACGAGCUGUACCAGGAAGGCCAAGUCUGAAACAAGAUGUUAGAUAUGGCAAGUUUAAUCCUGCAACGAUUGGAUCCAGCAAUCUGACUGGUAUUGCUAACAGCAGCAGUAGUACAGGUGGAAGUGGAGGCUCCACUUCUUUUCAAGACUUUCAGGAGAGUGUGGAUGACGCAUGGGAUUCAGGGGAUGAUGAAUUCUGUACAGUCUCAGAUGUAAAGAUUUCGAAGAGAGUCAGUCACUCGGCGGCCCUUAGUGUUAUCAACAGUCAUAGAUCUGGCAAUAAGUGUUCACAGCCAUCCCAGGCAAACGCCAAGAUGAUGCAACAAAAAAUUAUCCCCGAGGAAAAAAAGGCAGAGGCUCUUCAAAGGCUGGCAGUGCAGCCAUUACAUCUACGCAAUGUGAAUCUGCAUCCACAGAUGCUUAACAGCCAGCACUCCAGUGAAGAUGCAGAUUUAAAGCACAGUGCAUCGCCCCAGCACAAGCCGACACAAUUUCCUGGUAGACCACAGCCGCUGAGACAGGCAAAUGCUCCUAAUAAAUUUUUUGUACCUUCAAAGGAGCAGGACGGCGAAAGCAAAGUGGACAAGUUUCAAUUACUUUUGGAAGCGUCCGUGCUGAAUUUAGAUGAAUUAAGGCAGCUAUCAUGGUCGGGCGUACCUGCCAAAUUACGUUCUGUCACUUGGCGGUUAUUGUCUGAGUACUUGCCAGCUAAUCUAGAACGUAGACAACCUGCGUUGGAACGUAAACGAUUGGACUAUUGGAAUUUGGUGAAGCAAUAUUACGACGUCGAGCGGGAUGAAGGUUUUCAAGAUACGUAUCGCCAGAUUCAUAUCGAUAUCCCUAGAAUGUCACCGCUUAUCUCGCUAUUUCAACAGACGACGGUGCAACUGAUAUUCGAGAGAAUAUUGUAUAUUUGGGCGAUUAGACAUCCUGCAUCUGGUUACGUUCAGGGCAUGAAUGAUCUUGUGACACCUUUCUUCUUGGUUUUUCUGCAAGAGGCGGUGCCGAUACAAGCUUGGCAAGAUCUAGAAAAUUAUGAUGUGGCGUCGUUAUCGAAGGAACAACGUGAUAUUAUCGAAGCGGAUAGUUUUUGGUGCCUAUCUAAAUUCUUGGAUGGUAUACAAGAUAAUUAUAUAUUUGCUCAGUUGGGAAUCCAACAUAAAGUGAACCAGUUAAAGGAGCUAAUACAAAGGAUUGAUGCACCAUUGCAUCAACAUUUGCAUCAACAUGGAGUGGAUUAUCUACAAUUCUCUUUUCGAUGGAUGAAUAAUCUGCUAACCAGAGAAAUCCCGCUUCACUGUACUAUCCGAUUGUGGGACACGUAUUUGGCAGAAUCUGACAGAUUCGCCUCGUUUCAGCUCUACGUAUGUGCGGCUUUCCUUCUUCGUUGGAGGCGACACUUGCUCUUGCAACCUGAUUUUCAAGGGCUGAUGUUAAUGCUACAAAACCUGCCCACGCAAAAUUGGACGGAUUCAGAAAUAGGCGUGCUAGUAGCCGAGGCAUACAAAUUGAAGUUUACAUUUGCCGACGCACCCAAUCACCUGCAAGCCUAUGAUACGACAACCAGAUGACCACUUUCAAACGGAUUGGGUUGAUGUUAUUAUGAAUAGUGGCCAAACUGCGAGGCCGAGCGCUAUCGUAUUAUCGCCGGUUCUCCUCUUCCGUCUCACCGUCACUAUGUAUAUUGUGACGUUCAGUCUAUCACGGCCAUAUCGAAAGUUUUCGGAACAAUCGGUCUCUUACGUUUCGUUUUCGCGUCGGCUAUUAAGUUUUCACGAUUACUUUAUGCAUUAUAGAGUUUAUUCCUUUGUUACAUUGAAAGAUUUCAUGAAAAGAAUGUUUAGAUAAACUCGCCAUAUUCCAUUGUGGAAUAAAUUGUAAAUGCAUUUUAGGAUGCAGAGAAUGUAACGCGAAUCAAUUGCCAUUUCCCGGUUUGCAUUAAAUUUUUAUAUAUAUAAUAAGGUCUCAGACAUUAUAUACAGAUAAUAUAUAUAGACAGAAAAGUUUUAUAUAUCGACCCUGUGUUGUACUUUUAUAGUGAUUAUGCAGUUUCCUUGAUUAUCCUUGCAUAUAUUCCUAUUUAUCCCAACUAUUGUCAAGAAUUUGAUUUUGAAACUAAUGUUUAUGCUUUAAUAUUUAAUAUUCACAAACGAUAUAUUUCAUUUUAUAGCAUAAUAUUUGAUAGCAUGCUU